AAUCUUGGCAUUCUCUCUUCCCUACGCUGCGAUAGUUUUGAUUCCAAUCAAUAUCGUCGACGGUGAAGGUCUAACUGGCUUGGAUAGACUUACUUUGGGAAACAUAUCCGAUGAAUCCGAUAAACUAUGGGCCCAUUUGAUCGGCGUUUGGAUGUUCUCAUUAAUUCUGUACUACUUUAUGUAUGUUGAGUGGAAGGUUUACGUGAAAUAUCGUCAAAUAUAUCUCAAAGAAAACAGUAAACAACAUUUCUCAGUGUUGGUCACCCAGCUGCCCCAAGAGAUAGACAGUGAUGAUAAGUUAAAAAACUUUGUGGAUCAACUCUUUCCUGAAAAGGUAGCACAUUCUCACAUUAUCCGGGAUCUCGAUGAGUAUAGGCAACUGGUUCAGAAACACGAUCAAAUGGUCUUAAAACUUGAACAUGCUCAGGCUGUAUUUGAAGAAAAAGGGGAAAGACCAGAACAUAAGUUAAAACCAAUCAUUGGCGAGAAAGUGGACUCAAUAAAUUAUUUUGACGAACAAUUAAGGGAAACCCAACAAGAAUUAGAGAAGGUCAAUUUCGCCGAAAGUAUACUUUUAGACUCUGCUAUCGUUACAUUUAAAAGUAUUCGUGAUGCAAGAAUUGCAAGUGAGGUUUUAUGGCAAGCUAUCCCAUACAACACGUUUGUUCAGCCUGCACCAGAACCACACGAUGUCAUAUGGAGUAACCUGGAUAUCUCAGUUCUUAAAAAAUGGAUCCGUUGGACAAUAAUAUCUGUGUGUUUAUUUUUUCUCGUGAUUUUCUGGACAAUUCCUGUUGCAUUUGUUUCUGCGUUGGUAUCGUUACAAAGUCUUCAGGAAAAGGUGGAAUUCCUAGAAUUUGUUAACGAUUUUCCAACUGCUCUGAAGGGAAUUAUUGAGGGUGUUCUAUCCACAAUUGCAUUGGUGAUUUUCUUUGCCAUCUUACCAAUGUUGAUGGCGUUUAUGUCUAAGAAAGAAGGUGUGAUAACAAACAGCGGAGUACAGAAAUCUGUGAUUGGAAAGAUGUUUAUUUUCAUAAUUGUGAAUAAGUUUCUGAUUCUGGUCUUAUCUGGCGCGUUUUUGAAUCAAAUUCAGAAAAUUAUUGAUGAUCCAGGAUCACUACCUUCGUUACUGGCUGAGUCGUUGCCAGCAAUGGCUUUAUUUUUCACGAACUUUGCUAUGUUACAAGCGUUGAUGGGUCAUGCUCUACGUUUACUUCGUAUUGCCCCUCUCAUUAUUGUCAGCAUCAAAACAAAAUGGUUAGCAAAGACUCCCAGAGAAUUGAAGAAUGUUUGGGCUCCCCCAUCUCCCAAUUAUGGCGUAAUGUAUCCAAACGAUCUGUACAUCUUUAUAAUUGGAGUUGCUUAUUGUAUCCAAGCACCAUAUGUUAUUCCAUUUGUUAUGCUAUAUUUUGGAUUUGGCUAUCUUGUUCAUUUCUAUUCCUUCGUCUACGUAAUGCGCCCUCCAUUCCAUGCAGGAGGAAGCAUGUGGCCAAAAGUUUUUAACAGGAUGCUUCUUGCUAUUGUUGUUUUCCAAAUAUUAAUGAUUGGUGUGUUUGGUUUGAAGAAAAAUCCAGAAGUUUCAGCGUUAUCAUUACCGCCCAUUUUUCUUACGAUUAUCUUUAAAAUUGUUAUAAUGAUGUAUUUUGAACGAGUGGCCAAACCAAUGGAACUAGAUGACCACAAAGAUGAAGAAAGUGAAAACAAAGAACAGAAUAUGGACGACAAAAAUGAUGAUGCUGUUGACGACAAGUUCAUAAAGGAUGCUCAUGAUUUCUUCAUCCCUACCACAACGGUACCAUGUUUAUUUUCUUUGAGUACUGAUGAUCCAUCUGAAGGUGAUGAACCAGAAAAGGAUGAUUUGAAAACAACAAAGGUGAAAAUUCUUCCCAGGAAAAGACGAAAACCAGGUGUAAAAUCUGAUGCAAUCUUUCGAGGUUUCAAUGAUUUUCCCAUUCUUCCAAAUCCAGGCCAGUUUAUACGUUCAUUCCAGCAACCAAUGAAAUUUCGUGUUAAAUGUUAACAAGCAGUUUUAUCGCAAACAUUGAAAAUGUGCGGAUAUAUGGAUGGAGAAAAUGAUGUCGGUAAAAAUGUAAAACAUAUUUUAUACGACAAAACAAUAAACAAUGUUCAUUUUUUACUCAUCUAUGUAUUGUUAAAUAGAUUUCGGUGAACACAGAAUCGUAAGGGAAUGUGUGUAUACUUACGGCUAAAAGCUGUGUAUAAAGUAUACAUCUUGAUGCACGAGAUAUCACAAUCUAAAAUGAAAACUUAAAAUCACCUGUCAAUAUGCCAACACAAUUAUCAUUGUAAAAUAAUGUGUCAAUCAUGUUGGACUACGAUCUCAAGAAAUAAGCGUCAAAUGAAAAACAUUUAUACAUUUAUUUUUAAAACGUUAGGGAUAAUUACAUUAACCAUGCAGUGUCAUUUUUCACAAAAGAAAAUUGCUAGAGUUGUCUGACACAGCUCGUAAUAUUUGGAAUGAACACAUAAAGAACACCUGCAUUUUAAUAGUUUCUAUUUAACUCUCACUCAACGUUUUGUUCUUUGCAUUCCUUCAUUGUACCUUAUGUAUGGUCUUUGUGUGAUUCUUCCAUUUGACAUUAUGUUUAUGGCUGAACUGCAUGAACUGCAGGGUAUGCCCUGUAACUAGAUCCUCUAUUGGGCACAUUUAGUUUGUUGGACCUGGGUUAUGUUUAUAAGUAAAACGUCAGUUGCCGGGAUUAUUAAAUCUACGAUUUCAUUUGGAUUUGGAGGAUGAAUAAAAGAUUUGUUUGAUUUUCACUUUAGUGAGAAUAAAGCUUUCUAAAACUUCAA